GAUCGCCCGACUUUUGCCGGGAAGGGAGUGGGGCGAACAUGGCUGAAGGCGUUCGGCUCGGCUCGACGUGCAGCGGGCUGGAUGACCUGCGGGACUCCAUGUCCACCAGGGGCGGCUGCAACUUUCCAGAGUACGAGUUUCCCGAGCUUAACACGCGCGCUUUCCACGUGGGAGCCUUCGGGGAGCUGUGGCGUAGCCGGCUGCGUGGGGCCGGGGACUUGGCUCUGAGAGAUCCGCCCGCAUCCGCGGUCCCCGGGGGGCGAGGGGGCGAGGACUCCGGCCCGGAGGAUGCCUCGGUGGCCCGGGAUCUGGGUUGCAGCUUGGAAGCGGCCGCCGAGCUGAGGGCGGUGUGCGGCCUUGAUAAACUGAACUGCCUCAAGGAAGGGGAGGAUCCAGAAGUUAUCCCAGAGGAUACGGCCGUCACAUUGGGAGUUAGAAAGAAAUUUCUGGAACAUCGUGAAGAAACCAUAACGAUAGAUCGGGUCUGCAGACAAGAAACGUUUGCUUAUGAGAUGGAGUCGCAUGCCAUGGGGAAAAAGCCUGAAAAUCCAGAUGACAUGAUUGAAGAAGGAGAGCUUAUUCUGUCAUUGAAUAUCUUGUACCCUGUUAUUUUUCAUAAGCACAAAGAGCAUAAGCCCUACCAGACGAUAUUGGUAUUGGGUAGUCAAAAGCUCACGGAACUGAGGGAUUCAAUUUGCUGUGUCAGUGACCUCCAGAUUGGUGGGGAAUUCAGCAACAGUCCUGACCAGGCCCCAGAGCACAUCAGCAAAGAUUUGUACAAAUCAGCCUUCUUUUAUUUUGAAGGAACUUUUUACAAUGAUAAACGAUACCCUGAAUGCAGAGAUUUGAGCAGAACUAUUAUUGAGUGGUCAGAGUCCCAUGACCGAGGCUAUGGCAAGUUCCAGACUGCCAAAAUGGAAGAGUUCACCUUCAAUGACUUGAACAUCAAAUUGGGUUUCCCUUACUUGUACUGCCACCAGGGAGACUGUGAACAUGUUGUCGUCAUUACUGACAUAAGGCUUGUGCAUCGUGAUGACUGUUUGGAUAGAAAACUUUAUCCCCUUCUUAUCAAGAAACACUGGCUGUGGACCAGAAAAUGUUUUGUGUGUAAAAUGUACACAGCCAGAUGGGUGACAAAUAAUGACAGUUUUGCACCAGAGGACCCAUGCUUCUUCUGUGAUGUUUGCUUCCGAAUGCUGCACUAUGACUCAGAAGGCAACAAACUGGGGGAAUUUCUUGCUUAUCCUUAUGUUGAUCCUGGAACCUUUAAUUAAUAACACCAAAAUAUACCCUUGUGCAAGCACUGUCUGCUUGGAUGAUCUAUUUCCAAGAAAUACCAUUGAGGAAUAGUAUUUACCUGAAGCAGUUACCCUAGUUGAAAUUCAAAUCAGAUAUUCUUACAACAGUGAUUUGAUUGUAUUUAUGUUUAGAAAUAUAUUAAAUUGUUUUAGUAUUUAUUCCAAAGCUUUUUGUCCAUUUUUAAGUGAUUCAUCUUUAAGUUCUAAGAGUGUUUCUUGUAUACAAAUCCUUUGUCAGAUAUAUCUGUAUCCUGAUGUCCAUCUGAGGCUUCCCUAGCUGAUGUGUCCAGAGUUCAUUUUGCUAAUGACAAGUUAGUUAAUGGCACAUCCGGUGGUGAACGCAUUUAUGAAAUUCUUUUAAGAGAAGUGAGGGCUUCAUCUUGUGCUAUGAUGCUUUCUAGGGAAAGAGCCAUUAAUCCUAAUAAAAAUGAAGCUGAGCAUAUUUACAGUAUUAAAAACUGUUGUAAUCCAAAUUCUCACAGUGGGCUCCUUAGUGAUUAGCUCACCAUACAGAUUUAAUAAGGCUUUCUGCAUGAAAAUAAAAGAUGUGGAUAUAUACAAUUAAACUUUCAUAGAAGUAGCAUUUAAACUGAAGUCUCAUUUCUUAAUAAGGUCUCUCUUUAAUUAGUUUAUAAUGCCUGUUUAUUUUCUA